AUGUCUAUUACUACAAAUAUUUGCAUUACUUUCUCCAUUACCUUUUUAUGUCUUUGUUUUAUUUUAACAACCGAUAACUUCGUGAGAGCAAAUGAAAAUGAUGCCGAGAGUAUAACAAAAAUUGGCCAAGGAAUGGGUCACAUUAUGAACAUUUAUUAUUGUUACUCCUGCGGCUAUAGAAAAGUAUUUGAAGAUUAUGCGGGCAUUAUACACCAAAAAUAUCCCGAGAUAUCAGUUAUUGGAGCAAAUUAUGACCCACCAGGAAUAAACAUGUACUUGUCAAGACUGAUUGGUUUUGGCAAGAUGAUAUUGAUCAUGUGCAUUCUUAGUGGUGUAAAUAUCUUUGCUUGGUUGAACAAACCACAACCUAGUUGGUGGAGUUGGUGUCUGGAAAACAAAUUAUAUGCAUGCAUGAUGAUGUUCUUUUUGGCCAACAUGAUCGAAGGACAACUAGUGUCUUCUGGUGCAUUUGAAAUAUCUCUCAAUAAUAUUCCUCUUUGGUCAAAAUUAGAAACUGGAAGAAUUCCACAGCCACCUGAGUUAUUCCAAAUUAUUGAUAAUACAUUACAGUUUUCUAAAAUGGAUAUGCCAAAUAAUAACUUUGUUCAGUAA